AUGCGAUGCCAAGGGACUGGCAAUCUUUUGCCCAUUAAUAGUGAAAUUGAGAGGACUUGUAGACCGAACAGAAAGCAAAAAUGGUUAGCAGAGAUGACCCAACAUAAGAGCAAUGGGUUGAAUGGAGAUGCUGCUAAGCCAACAAUUUGCACACUCAAAGACUAUGUAGUCCCUGUUGUUACCGGAGUACAAUCAUGCAUCCAAUCACCGACAGUUGCAGCCAAUAAUUUUGAAAUUAAACUGGCGAUUCUGCAAAUGGUCCAGUCCACUGUCCAGUUUGAUGGACUCCCUACUGAGGAUCCCAAUACACACAUAGCCGAUUUCCUGGAGUUGUGUGGAACUUUUAAAUAUAAUGGGGUAACCGACGAUGCUAUUACACUGGGAAUUUUCCCAUUCUCACUGUGGGAUAGAGCUAAAAGUUUUAAGAGGGGAAUUAAUAACUUCUCUCAAUUUGAUGGAGAGUCUCUUUAUGAUUCAUGGGAGAGGUUUAAGGAGCUUUUGAGGAAGUUUCCUCAUCAUGGGAUUGAAAAAUGGAUGCUGGUCCAUAAUUUUUACAAUGAUUUAUGUUGGAUGACUCGCACCAUUAUUGACGAUGUAGCAUGUGGUGCUUUCAUGAGCAAGAGUGCUAAUGAGACUUAUAAAUUUCUUGAAGAAAUGGUCAUGAAUAACUAUCAGUGGCCUAGUGAACGAGAUAGAAAUGAGAAGAUAGCUGGUAUGCAUGAGCUGGAUGCUAUUACCACUUUCACUGCUCAGGUUACAUCAUUGACAAAGCAACUGCAAAAAAAUUCAAUGGCCACUCAAGUCAUGCAAAUCCAAGCGGAAUGUCAUUAUUGUGGUGGUCCUCACCCAUUUGAGCAGUGUAUGGUAGUUGAGAUGAACAACACCAUUCCCAUGGAACAGUAUCCUAUGCUUCAAGCUCCACCUCAGGCACCGUUACAACCAUCGGUACUACCUGUUGCUCAAGAGAAGAAAAAUGAGUUACAGGCUACACUUUUAACUUUGACCAACUCUCAAUGUCAAUUUAUGACAGAAACUCGCUCAUCCGUCAUGAAUCUUGAGAUGCAAGUUGGUCAGUUAGCAAAGAUGUUACAAAGUAGGCCUCAAGGAAAUUUGCCAAGUAAUACAAAAGUGAUUCUUAAAGAGAAAUGCAAUGUAAUAUCUUUGAGGAGUGGGAAGAAGUUGGAAGAGCAACCCAAGAAUUCUAUACCUACACCAAAAUUUCAUGUUGAGAAUGAGGGUAAGGUAGAAAAAGAGGUUAUUGAAGACCUUGAGAAGAAGUAG